AUGAACAUCGUUUUGGAUCCAAAAUUGAGCUGCGAAGAGGAACUUCGGUUUAGCCGAUUGAACAGCUUCGAUUUUGUGGAUUUUUGGAGCAAAAAAGGCGAACCAUCCGAUGCCGACAAAGCACUUCUUUAUAAGGGUAUACGAAUUCUUGAUAACGAAUUGGUGAAAGCGAAGGAAGCCAGCGAGAAGGAUGUAACCCGAAUUUAUACAUUAUACUUGAAAAUUGGACAUAUAAGUUUGUUGGCAAGGGAUUUUCCACGAGGGUUUACUUUGGGACUUAUCGUUUAUUCAUGUGUUAUUGGUUUUCAUUUUUCAGCUUUAUCAGCUUAUCAGAAAGCUUACAACCUGAACAGGGAUGCAUUCUGGAGUGAACCGGCAUCAUAUUUUGGCUUGGGAAUGCCAUUGAUACAGCUUACAGUAUUCCUGAGUUCUGAGCUCACUGUAUUCGCGUAA